UCCGGCUGUGUGGUUCCCGCCAUUUCUCGCGGCAGGCCUCCCUGGGUUGAGUUCCGCGCUUCAUGGAGGCGUUUGACCCCGCCGAGCUGCCCGAGCUGCUUAAGCUUUAUUACCGGAGGCUCUUUCCCUACGCCCAGUACUAUCGCUGGCUCAACUAUGGCGGAGUGGUAAAGAAUUACUUUCAACACCGUGAAUUUUCCUUCACAUUGAAAGAUGAUAUUUACAUUCGUUACCAAUCCUUCAACAACCAGAGUGAUCUGGAAAAGGAGAUGCAGAAAAUGAAUCCGUACAAGAUUGAUAUAGGCGCGGUAUAUUCCCACAGAGUAAGAAAUGGAUUUUUUAUGUAGUUUGUUGUUUUUUAAACCAAGAAUGGAUUGGUGCCCCUAGCAUUUUGAGAUAAAUUUUUAGAGCUUAUUUUAGUUGAAGAGCCACAAAUUGUCCUUUGAUGCUUUACAUUACUGACUGGAAAUAGUUUGGAAGUGAAUUGGUUGUAUUCUCACUAGAACAAAAAAAAGAGUAUCUGGCUAAAAGACUAGGAAGUCAACGUGGUUGAGCACAGAGGGCAUUGGAGAGAAUCAUUCUUGAUUUCUCUAUUUCUCUCACACCUGUAUCUGUUUCACUAGGAAAUCUCUUUAGCUCUACCAUAAUAAUAUCUAAAAUCCAACCACUGCUACUAGUGCUGCUACCAUCAUCAUCUCCAUCUCUAAUCUAAAUUACUGUAAAAACUUUCUAACACUUUGCUCCUGUAGACUCUAGACUCUCUUCUCAACACAGCAGCCAGACGGAUCCUUUUAAAACAAGAUUGUUAUGAUUCCUCUGCUCAAAACCAUUCUCCAGUGGCUCCCCAUUUCACUCCAAGUAAGAGUCCCUCUCUUCUGCUCAGUCACUCCUCACCUGCCACACUGGCCCGUGCUCAAGCAGUUUCCACUGCCUAGAACCCAUUUCCCCAAAUAUGUUAUUGGUUCAUUCCCUCACCUCCUUCAAGUCCUUACUCAGUGAGGCGUCUGCAGCCUGCCAUUCCUCCUACCUGCUCACCUCACUGAUACAUUCUAAGUGCCUAGAAUACUGCUAGGCAGAGAGUACACAGUAAUUAUCUGCGGAAUGAAUAAACAUACCAAAAUUGUCCUUCUUCCUCUCCUUAAAAAUACACACAUGGUGGGGAAAAUAUACACAUGAAAUAAUAGCUUUUGUAUGGAGCUUUUUCAUAUGUUGUAUAGCUUGUUUUUCAUGUCAAUCCUCAUUAUUCUUUUUUUUAAUAUAAAUUUAUUUUGUUUAUAUUUAUUUUUGGCUGCGUUGGGUCU